UCGAGACCACUCUCCAUAGUCAAAAUCAACAGUACCAAACCUACUCAACUCACCAAUCAUCAUUCAUAUUUGUGUUCUUAAAAAUUUAGCUAACAAACCUAUGGCUAAAUCAUUCACAUUAGCACUACCACCACCACAAUCACAGAAUCUGAAUCAAAUUCUAAAAUCCCAACUUAAUAAAAAACCCACAAUUAUCUCAUCAUCAUCAUCAUCAUCAUCAUAUUCAUGGACCCGAAUUUCCAGCUUAAUAUUCCGAAAUACCAAUUGUAUAAAUAUAACUAAUAAUAAUGUCAAUUAUUAUGUACAUUAUAGAAGAUUCUCCAGUAUUUUUGCUUCUCCAGUUUCUUCUAUUUCUUAUUGUUAUUUUCCUCUUUACUCGAAUUGCGAUUCUCUUCGUUUUUCUUCUCUUUCUUUACUUCCUUUGCGCCGAUCUUGUUUAUCUUCUCUUCGGUUUUCGAUAAUGUCUCAGAAUGAUGAACAUGGCGCACCCAUUAGUCAGGAUUCUUUCAAAACGGUAAGAUGUAUAAUCAAGGGCAGAGUUCAAGGGGUGUUCUAUAGGAACUGGACGAUUGAGAAUGCAAAUCAAUUGGGUUUGAAGGGUUGGGUGAGAAACAGGAGAGAUGGGUCUGUGGAAGCUCUUUUUUCGGGCAAGGCUGAAGUCGUGGAUGAGAUGGUGCAGCGUUGUCGCCGUGGGCCACCAGAUGCUAUGGUUACUGCCCUUAAUGUUGAUCCUUCAAAUGAGGAUCCUGGAUCAGGUUUUGAGCGCAAACCCACCGUAUGAGCUUGCCAUCUACUUUGAUGGAGUAUGUUUUAGCUGUGUACUUUGAGUAAUAAUCCCCCUUAUUUGUCUGCUCAUUUAGGCUUGUAGUGCACAAGAUUUAUGAAAUAAUAACGUACUUUAGCUCAUCUAAUUGUAACUGUUUAAGUUCUAUCGACAUAUUACUAUGCCUUAUUUUUAAAUGGGAUGUGUAAUAUGAUGAAUAUGAGAUGUUAGGGUCAAAUCUUUCGAUGUGAAAAUGAAAUGAAUAUAAAGGAAGUAUAUAUUGGGAUGUUGCUA